CUUGUUUGUUCUACGUCACCGGAAGCGGAUGCCUGUGUGCCCUUGACAGACACGUGUGUGUGUGUGUGUGUGCACAAGGAACAGGUCUGAAACGCUGAUAUAAAUCCGUGUGAUCUUCACCUUCGGCUGCUUGUCCUCAGCAAGAUGCCGUUACACAAAUAUCCACCACGACUGUGGGAAGCCUUGAAGUUAAGGAAAGGGAUCUAUGCCCGUCUGCCUCAGCAUUACCUGAAAUCCCAUCUGGAUGCAUCAUCGCCAACCGCAGUGCAUUGGAGACCUCUGGGAGUGAAAUACAGAGCAAACCCCAAAACAGGCCUCAAAGAGCGGGUUCAGGAUGUACCUAUUCCAAUUUAUUACCCCCCAGAGUCGCAAGACGGCCUGUGGGCUGGAGAGGGCUGGAUAUGUGGAUACAGAUAUGCCAAUAACGAUAAGCUCUCUGCAAGAGUGAAGAAGAUCUGGAAGCCUCAACUCUUUAAGAGGGAGCUGUACAGCGAAAUCCUUAACCAGAAGUUCAACAUCACAGUCACAGCUCGCACGUUGGAUCUUAUCGACGCCGCUUACGGCUUUGACUUCUACAUUCUAAAGACACCAAAGCAGGACCUGAACUCCAAGUUUGGCAUGGACCUGAAACGCGCCAUGCUCCUGCGGUUAGCACGCAAAGACACUGAGCUCUACCCAGACGAUCCAACUCGAAGGGAGAAGAUCUACAACAAGUACAAGCAGUUUGAGAUUCCUGCUGAGGAGGCGGAGUGGGUCGGCCUGAGCCUGGAGGAAGCAGUCGAGAAACAGAGACUCCUAGAACACAAGGAUCCUGAGCCACUUUACAAGAGUUGUGUGGAGAACCUGGUGAAGGAUCUGUCAAUGUUAAAACUCGCUGUACCCCAGAUUGUGGAAAAGAAAGACUGAUUAUAGCGUCAGUGAUAUGAGCACGAAUAAAAAUGUAUUUAUUAGAGCUUUGUUUUCUUUGCUUUUGUGUAACGAUGGCAUUUCAGAAUUGCCAUUAUCCUGUAAAUAUCAAAUAAAAAAAUUCAUCUUCUGAUGUUCUUUUGUCAGACAAAA